CACCGGAUAAUUCUGUUUCAUCACCACUCACCACUUUCCAACCCCAACAGAAAAAGAAAAUUCAAAUCGGAGGUUUUUUUCUAUUUGUUUUCUUUUUGAGAUUAUUCAGUUUCUGUGUUCGAAUUCGAAAUCGGAGCGAGAUGUUCAGUGAAUGCAGCAGCUCUUCGUCUUCAUCUAGAUCGGUGAGAUUAGGUAACAGGCUGAGAUCGCCGAUCUGCUGUUUCGGCGCGAAUGCGGUGGAGCCGGAGGCGACGAUCGGGCCGAGGACGCCGAGAUCGCCGUACGCGUGGCUGAAAUCGACGGCGCACGAGCUCGAGAUCAAGGAUCGGUGCCGGCGCGUGAAGGCGCGCAUCAAGGGGACACACCGGAACAGCGGCGGAAACCACAACCACCAUGGCUCCGGGGAUUUCAGCUACGAUCCUCUCAGCUACGCGCUCAAUUUCGAGGACGACGUCCGCGCCGACGAGGACGAGUCGUUUCCCAGUUUCAUAUCGAGGUUGCCGAUUUCUCCGGAGCGAAAGCCCCAUCCGGCGGCGAUCGCUCUAGUCUCCGUCUAAUCUCUUUUUUAUUUGUGAAUCUGAGCAAUGUGCGUACGGACUUGGCCGUCUGCUUAGGAUGACGACGACGACGUAAAAGUUAGUCCGAGCGAUAUAAGAUUGUAAUAUAUGCGAAAUCUCCUAAGCUUCCAGCCUUUGUGUAUAAAUGAUUUGUAUAGUUUUUAUUUCAAUGCUUACCAUAA